CCUGGGAAGAUGCUCCUGCUCUGUGUCCUGCUGAGCACCGCCCUGUCCCCCAGAACUGAGGCAGGGGAGAUCAUCGGGGGACAGGAGGCCAAGCCCCACUCCAGACCCUACAUGGUCUAUCUGCAGUACUUUAAAGAGAAAUCUUAUAAGCUAGCCCGGUGUGGUGGUUUCCUGAUCCAAAAGGACGUGGUGAUGACAGCCGCUCACUGCCAUGGCAGCAUGAUGAAUGUGACUCUGGGUGCCCACAACAUCAGACAGAAGGAGGAGAGUCAACAGAUGAUCCCCGUGAGAAGAGCCAUCCCUCACCCCAACUACAAUAAAGAACACCGCUGUAAUGACAUCAUGUUGCUGAAGCUCAAUAGUAACACCAAGAUGACUAAGGAAGUGAAGCCCCUCACCCUACCCGGGCCCAGGAAUAAGCUGCGACCAGGCCAGGUGUGCAGUGCGGCUGGAUGGGGGAGGAUGGAUCCAAGGGGAAAGCGUGCUGUGAAGCUGCAGGAGGUGGAGCUGGAGGUGCAGGCAGAUGAGAAGUGUGAAUCCAAGUUUCGAGAUCCUUACAACCCUGACACUCAGCUGUGUGUGGGGGAUCCCAAAGAAAAAAAGGCCACAUUUAAGGGAGACUCCGGGGGCCCCCUCGUGUGCAAGAAUGUGGCCCAGGGCAUCGUCUCCUAUGGAAAGAAAGACGGAUCUUCACCCCGGGUCUUCACCAAAAUCUCCAGUUUCAUGCCCUGGAUAAAGAGCACCCUGAGAAAGAUGUAA